GUUUAACGACACAGCAACUCUAAAAAUCUUCACGUGAGCCGAACACGGAAGUGAUGUCAAAAAAGUUUCUCCACAGAGAAACAGCGACGCUCUUCAAAGCAGUUCGUGUUGGACGUUGAACGUUGAUCAGGAUGAAUUCUGCUCAUAAAAAGACAGAGGAUGGUCUCAUCAAUAAGUACAAGUCUAACUUGGAGAGUCGAAUUGAGAAGGGGGAUCGAAGUUUGGUAUGCAGGGAUGAGGACUUCUGUAAGGAAGUCGAGAUGCUCCUUCGCAAUGGCAGUGGCCAGAAGAUACACAGUCUACGUGGUUUAGAUUCACUGGCGGUGAUGGAAAAAUCUCUCUCUGUAUUUCCCUCUAAAACUGGCCAGGUGGGGCUUGAGAAACUUUCCAAGGCCUUUGAAGUGUUGGAGCUCGCUGCGUUAAAUCUUUAUGUCUACCCCUGGAGAAGAGAGUACCGACUGGUGAAGAUGUUUUCAGGUAUGUUCACCCAUUCGAUCAAACCUGCACUCACACUUCAGCAGGCUAAAGAGCUGUUUGGUUUGCUUGGAUAUCAAGUUUCAAGUCUUAAAGGAGAUGAAGAGCUGGCGCUGAACUCCAAACUGGUUCCUGCUGAUUUUCUACUCAGCUUUGCAUGUGGUUUCUUCGCUGCUCGGAUGGAGUGCCAGCUGCUACUUUCUGCCUUGGGAUCUGUGGACAGAGGUCUGGAGUGGGCUCUACAGCUAGUUAAGGAGAGGCAAUUGGGCCUCAGUCUUCAGGUGGCAUUAGAGAACACCAAGAGAAAGUCAGAUGCUGCUAGUGUUUCAGAUACAGUCCUGGCAGGCGGCAUGGAUGCUGAGCUGGAUCUGUACACAGAGCAGGCAGAUGCUUCUCACGUGAUGUCUACUUCUUAUUCACCACCUCACUCUCCUUAUACGCAACCAAAAGAGAUUGUUGUAAACCAGCCUUUACCUAAAGAGCCCUCACAGUCACACUUGGGGAGUAAUGAAGAUGCAAGGCAUAGAAGGUCAUUCAAAGAUCCAGGUAUAAUGGAAAACACAUCUCAUGGUCAAGCUGAAGGUGAUGCCCAGAAACAAGAAGCAUCAAAAGUGAUGUGCAGCUGUGUCAUGCUAAAUCAGUUAUAUAUAUACCACUGUGAGCAGUGCAAAGACAUUCACAGUUCAGUGUGUUCCUGUUAUACAGAGUGCAAAAGAAAGGACACAUUUUAGUGCUAUGCUCACUGAAAGCUGAAGAACUUUAUUUAGCUCAAAACAAGAAUAGCCUGGCUAAGGAAAAAUCGAAAGAUUCCAUGAAGACGCAUUAUUGUGUGGAUGGUUCUACUUCUGAUUCAUUUUUAGUGUGCUAUGACUGCCAGUGUAUUCAUGACCACACCUGUAAUGAUAUUAAAAAGUGCAAUGUAAACCACAAUGUGAAGCCAACAGGAAAAUUGCAGCCCCCUCAAGAGAAAACACAAAACCUCAAAAGAGGCAUACAUGUCUUUCUGCUGCACAUCAUAAGCAGUACUCCCAGGAAACAGAUGCUUUAGAGAAACCUUGUGCACCAAUACCGUAUCACAAUUAUUGCUGGAAUGGUAACCAAAA